AUGGCUCCCAGUGUCACCUCCAAGCGCACGUCAAAGCGUUACUCGACAUACUCGGCCUCUCCCAGCUUCGCGACCACCAACUCCCACUGCUCCACCACCCUGGCUUCGGCAACCGUCGGCCCAGAGACCGGCAUGGCCGAGAUCCGUCAACUGACGCAAGGUCUGGACCGACUGGAGAACAAACAUUUGGAACAACAGCGCUUUGUGCCCAGUCAAAAGAAAACAGACGACCUGAGUAAAUUGAGCUUGGGCGCCAAAGUCGACCGGGCUCUCGGACGUCGAAUGUCCAACCAGGAUGCCGUUCUCCGAGUCAAGAGACCCUCGGCCAAGACAUCCCACUCGUUUUCUCUCAUCGACGAGAAGGCCGCCAUCAAGGCAUGA